AUGGGUAGGAUUCCAUGUUGUGAGAGGGAGAACGUGAAGAGGGGCCAGUGGACGCUGGAAGAAGACAACAAGCUCGCCUCUUACAUCGCCCAGCAUGGCACACGAAAUUGGCGACUCAUCCCCAAGAACGCUGGGUUGCAGCGAUGUGGGAAGAGCUGCCGGCUGCGGUGGACGAACUACCUUCGCCCGGACCUCAAGCACGGAGAGUUCUCUGAGGCCGAGGAGCAGACCAUCGUCAAGCUCCAUGCCGUCGUGGGAAACAGGUGGUCGCUGAUAGCAGGCCAGCUGCCCGGGCGCACCGACAACGAUGUGAAGAACCACUGGAACACCAAGCUGAAGAAGAAGCUGUCGGGGAUGGGAAUCGAUCCCGUGACACAUAAGCCGUUCUCCCAUCUCAUGGCGGAGAUCGCCACCACCCUGGCGCCGCCCCAGGUGGCGCACCUUGCGGAGGCCGCCCUUGGCUGCUUCAAGGACGAGAUGCUCCACCUGCUCACCAAGAAGCGCACCGACUUCGCCUCGGCGCCGCCCGCAGUCACAGGCAACGCUUACACUCCAGAGAGCACCGGCGGUGGCAAGGAAGAGACCAUAAAGAAGAUCAAGCUGGGGCUGUCCAAGGCCAUCAUGCACGACCCCGACGCGGACAAGGUCUGGACCAUGAUGGCUUCUGCGGGUGAGCCGUCCGAUGGCCUUGCCGGGUUGGAAGAGACGUACCCGACGUUGAACGAAGGGUUCCGAUACGACGGUCCUUCAUAUGGCAACGAAGGGGAAGGAUCAGCGUGGAGCCAGAGCACAUGCACGGGCGGCGCGGCCGCGCGACGUGGUGGCGGAUUGCAUGACAAGGUUGAGGAUGACAACGGAGAGGAGGCCGAGGGUGGAAAGGCCGAACACAAAGUCAGUGCUGCCGGUAUGUUCACCUCGGAGUGCGUCCUGUGGGAUUUACCUGAUGAUCUGUUGAUUCAUCCUAUCGUGUGA